AAAUAAAGGGGGAAACAGAGAAGGGGGCGGGGGGGAAGGCUGAUGAGAUGGAUGCGAUGCCAGGCAGUGCAGCGAUAGGGGUAUUUAUGGCCCCCGGGCAGGCUGGGGGCUUCCUUCCGCUCCCCCCAGGUCCCCUGGGGGGGGACAGACCACAGUGACGCUGUUUGUUUGCACGCCGCGAGGCUCUCGGCACAGGAAGAGGUUUCGAGUCAGCGGGCAAAUAUCUGAGGGCUCCUGGCAAGCGGUCCCGUGGCUGUUUCCCAGCGAAAUCAGCAGAAAUCCUCCCCCAUCGUCCCCCGCCUCGAGCAUCCCCAGCCUCCGGGGGGGCUCCCGCUCCGAGGAGAAGACAGCCCCAAAGUGCCAGCGGCCAGGCAGGAGAGGACGGAGACCCGGCUGGGACGAGCAGGGGAUGUGCCCUGGCCAUGCACGGAGAUGCUGGGGCAUUGCCAGGGCUCGGUGCUGCUCAGCACCCGGCCAGGAUCCGGCCACACACCCCGGGAGCACUCGGCCCCUCCGCACAGUGUGGGAACGACAAUAUUUUUGGAGCCAGCGUGUCCACGCUGCGAGCCACUGGGCGUGCUUCCUUCAACAAAAAAAACAGCUCGUGGACAUCCCCCACUGGAAACCCACCCCCAACAGCCCAGACUUAAAACAGCACGGCCACACAAGCGUUAUUUUCUACCCCAAAGUGAGGACGCCCAUCGUACCUCCAGCACGGAGGCGCCGGGAGCAAACCCCAAAGCUCCGUGCACGGAUAGCGGUUCCGGGUGGUUUUUGCCUGAUUUGAAGAAAAUUGCUCUCCCCGCUACCGCUCCUGGAGAACCGAAAGGAAAAGCAGCUGCCGGGCUGUGUGGCUCUGCGGGAAGGAAACCGAAAGCUCUGACAUCUGCUCGAGCAAACCCUCGUGCUUCUUCCACCUCGAGGACCAAAAGCAGCUCGCCAGCCCUGGCAUCCCCCACCCAGCACGUUUUCGAUGUGCGAGCAGGAUCCUCCCAGCCUGGGCGUGUACCUGAAAAAACGUCCGCCCCGUGAGCUGCACAGCGGGCAAACCCCACUGGGGACAGCCAGGAUUUGGGGGAAAAGGGCUCGGAGUGGUUCCUGCUGGGCAGGCAUCGCCUGCACAUCCCACCCCAAAACUGAUGUAGGGGGAUAACAGAGCCCAUCGGCACCACCCGGUGGAGUGGAUGCGUUUUUAAGCCAUCCUGGUGCUUGUGCUAAGAGCCGUCUCUGAAGAUAGGCUGCUCGCUUGAAAAAUAACGACUAAAUAUACAGAUAAAGCCAAAAAAAAUACUACAGACGGAAAGAAAAUAGCAAAAAACAUGUUUCCAGGGGGUGGAAGCUGGGGCAGCCUCGCUGAGCUGAGCAGCAGACGGGGCUGGGAAAGGAGCCCCGGCAUGCCCAAAGUGCUCGUGGCCCCUCGUUUCAUUUGGCACGGGGAUAACGAGCCAGCUCGGAGCUCCUAAGCUCCUCUCACACCCCUCACCAGCACCUGUGGCCACAGCCCCCCCAUCCCAUCCAGGAUUUAUUCCCCUUCUCCAAUGCGGGUUUUCCUGCCGACGCCUCCCGCGGCGCCCAAUCUGCUGAAAAGCAGCCCGCGGGUCGGAGGCGCGCCAGCAAAUGAAAUAAAUAAAUAAAUUGCAAGGCGCCUGAGCCGAAACCGAGCCUGUUUCCAUGGAAACUGCUUCGUUAGCACACCAGCUAAUGAUCCCACCCGGCAGCGAUGAGCGGCCGGAUCGGCCCCGGUGGUGGUGUUUUGUUCCCUAGUGGGAGUCUCGGCGCUGCCCCGUAUCGCACCCCAAAGGCCGCACCGGGGUCCUGGGCACCCAGGUGGUGCACAGCACAUGGGUGAGGCACACCGGGGAAGAUCUGGAGGCUGCUUCGCCUCCAAAACCAGCAUGAGGAACUGGGGGCUCAUCGCUGGCCCUGGAUCCUAGGGGGCUGAGCUCUGUCUGCCCCCUCCGUCCAUCCCCGGCCACAGCCAAAGCCAAAACCUCACUUAGAGACGGAGUCAACGGCGCAGGAUCCCACCACUGACACCACGAAAGCCUCCAAAGCAGCGUGUUUGGGUGCUGCAGCCACGGCUCUGGAUGUGGGAAGGGGCAGACCCAGCGCCAGGCAUUUCGGGGCCCUGCCGCAGGGUUCCCCUCGUGCCCCAAGAAGUCCCCGCGGGCGUCACGCCCAAGUGAGAACCUCGGGUUUUUGUUUUCCCACACGUGCCCUAACGGUUCAAAAGAGAAGGCAAACAGAAAGCAACCUCAACUUCCUUUCAGUCGUUCGGUUCUUUUCUCUAAUAUGAUUUGGGUGAGGGAGCGGGCGCCUGACGGCAGGGCCGGGGACACCUGCCCUGUCCCUCCUGCCACGAGAGCUGGGUGCGCACCCGAUGCUGGGUGGUGGCACCGCGAGGAGGGAGCACCGACCCGUUCUCCUCCGCCACGGGGGCCGGCACGAGGCUCCAGAAGGACCAGCAGUCUGCAAAAAUGAGGUGCUGGGAGGACAAAGUGCACCAGGAGGGGCAGACACGGCCCCACGGGGAGGAGAAGGAAGGGGAUGAUGUCGUCGGGACGCUGCCGCGCUCCGCUGCGAGGUGCCGAAGGGACGGCAAAGGGCACGCGCCCUGUCACACCAUGCCCAGCACCCAGGGGCUCAGCACAACUUCUGCACCUGGGCCAUCCCAUUCAGUCCUCACUGGGGCUUCAGCAUGUGGGACCGGAGCAGUGGGACCGCUGGUCCCCAGGCUCGCAGCGAAAGCCUGCUGAUAAAGGCCAGAGCUGCCUCCCCCGUGCAAGCACCACUUGGCCUUUAUCCCACGGGGAUUUCAGAAUCAAUCAAUCAAUCAAUAUUUUCGGUUGCUUGCGUUUUAUUUUUAUGCGGCUCGCCCAAGAGGAGAACACACAGCUCCGGAAACUCCCUAAAAACCUCCGCAGCCUGACCGUGGCCCCAACACAAGGUCAGGGCCGCUCACAGCACCAUGGCUCUGCCCGUGCUAGGCCAAAAACACAAGAGCCUUGCUUGGGAACAGAAGAGAGCAGAAAACCCCAAAUAGCUCCUUUCUGCCAUGGUGAGACCAUUCGAAACCCAAAUCACCCUUCAGUUAGAGGUAUCACCGUGCUGAGCUCUCGGUUCAUUCACUUCUUGAUUCCUUCACCAAAAUACCUCACGUUGACUUCAAAAUGAACUCACCUUGCUCAGAAAUCGCAGCUCCCUGCCCCUUGUCCGGGAGAAGAGCAGUGGCCGAGGGUGGCUGAAGCCACAGAGGAAGUGAGGGGCCCCCCGCUGACCACUGACCCUUCGUUAAGGGAAGCAGCCCAGGGCUAUUACCUCAUGUUAACGAGCUGACCCAUUCCAGGGUUUCAGCCCCUAGCAUCCUGCUCCUAAGUUUUUCCAGCACUGAGAUAAAGACCCCAAGAGGAGGCGCCGCGUGAGGUUUGGGAUCAAGGGAAGGGGCAGGGGUUUGCAGAGGCGCUCUGCUCAGAGCUAUUUGCAAAGGGAUUUUGGCAUUUGGCUGUGCCGCCACCACUCCCGAAGGGACAAACCCCCGCUGAGCCUUGCUGGAGGUGGCCCUUCGUUCAAAGCCAUGGCCACUUAGUGGGGAUGGGGACAGGGAAGCUGGGAAGCCACCAGUUUGGCCCAGUUAAAGCCUAGACCCACAACCUUUGCUCACAGCGCAAGAGCCCCACGGCACCUUUCGCUCCCGUACCGCCGGAGGUGAAGCCUCCAGCCGCGCUCUGGGAGCCCCACUGCCAUCUCUGAUGAUUUCACCCGAACCAAACCCUUAUUGGAAUUUUAUUUUAAGUAACAGUCACACGAAGCCUAAUAAACCUCUCCGGCCACGGGGAAUUGCCCAACAAGUUACAUCAGCACAGAAACAACCCCCUUAACCACCCCAUUAGCUCAAGACCCCAUGGGAAUUACCUUAGACUGCUUUAAUUAGGCAUCUACAGUACAAAAGAAUUAAUUAAUUAGUGAUAAGCACCUGAACCACAUUACUCAUAAGGAUCUAUUUCCAGCUUCAAAUACAUCAAACAGGUCACAGCCUAUCCGCUGGGGUGGAGCAGAGCUCCGGUGCUGCUGAGCACCGCUUCUCUCCCCCAUCCCUGCUCUGCAGCCGUCAAAGCAGGAGGCUGGAAGCUGUUUUUUUCUUCUUCCUUUUCUCUUUUUUUUUUUCCUUUCCUUCCGCCUCUGUUUUUUUUUUAAUAUACAUCCAGAGUAGGUGCCUUUGAGAGCUGCUACUCACGCACCGCAUGGAGACGGAGAGCUUUGUAACUGCUUCCUGAGAUUUGUUGCACUUUGUGCAGGGGUUGUGGAGUAAACUCCUACGCCUUGUGGCUACGAAUAACCUGCACAGGUUUUGCUACAGCAUCAAUAAGACACCUGCUAAACAAGCAGAGAGCUCUCUGACGGCCGGAUCCCAAGCAGGAGGAGGAUCACCAGUAAAUGUGGGUGAUUUUAGCAGGUUUCCAAGGGGAGAGAAAAAAAAAAAAAAGGAAAAAUAGAUCCCCGUGCUUUUAUAUAAUUUUAAUAGUAAGUUGAAAAGUAAUUUAGUGUGCUAAAUAGUAUGUGGUGAGCCGAGUUACUAUCCGCAGGCGAGUGAGCGGCCCCGCAAACCGGGUUAGCAGGGGCAGGCGAGCCAGAAGUAGGCUGCUGGCGCUCCGUCCUCGUGUGCCGAGCUGACCCACAUUGCCUCCGCUAAAUUCCCCCUCUGCCGCUCGCUGCUGUGCCCUUUUCGCUGUAACCCUGAGCAUCUCGCCCAGAAGCAGAAAGCAGAAAUUAAUGACAGCGGUGGGGAGCACACCUGGGUCCCUGGUCCUCGCCUCCUCUCGUACUGAGCUCCAGAUACAGCACCUUGGUUUUCCCACAGAGCCCGACAUCCCUCACCAGCCUGUUUUCCCCGUGAAAUGCACACGGAGCAUUUUUUUCCCUUUGCCAAAAGUCAGUUUUUCUCACACUGUUAUUUACAACGAGCUACUGGAACCCCUGAGCUGGCGGUGCCACAUCCCUGCCACGCUUCCUGCUGAGCCGAUGGCACCGCGUGUAACGCCAGCCAUGCAAUGUUCCUGCCAUGCUGGGGGUGACACACGCCUAACAAACACUGGUUUACGCAGAGGGAGCCGAGAGCUCCCUCCCCGGGGUGGUGUUUUUACGUUUGAGACAUGAAGCCUUGCAAAAACGUAAAGGAAACGUGCAAAGCCAAAAAAACAUGUGUGCCAAAGCCAGGAUAAAGCAGUGCAAGGUGGCAUUUCCUGCACCUGCUCCCCCUCCCAUCCAUCCAUCCCUUUGUCACGGGGGUGAAGCCACACCAGGGAUACGAGGCAGGAUGGGACCCAAGGCCGUAGCAUGCAUCCUGGCUCUGCCACGGACUCUAUGUGCUUCAUUUACCCCUCCCUAUGCCCAUCCCCACCCUUUAAUCCUGCCAAGCCACCCGCAAUGCCGUGCUUCAGCUGCCUGAGCACAAAAACCUUUCCCUGCCUGCUGGGCCCUCAGCACCCCUCUGCGCUACCCUUUUCUGUGCUCCUCCAGCCCAGAGUGUGGAAAUCCACGAGGGCAGCUGCUCCUUUGGGGCCAGGAUUCAGUUACAGGUAGGAUGGAGGAGUAGCAUCGACUCCAAGCCAGCCUAAGUUUGACAUCCAUUAAUGGAAACAUUAGUACAGGGCUCAGAUUUAGGCUUGAAAACCAUCGGUGUGUCCCUUAUUUGCUGUCAAUGCCCCCCUAAAAGCCUGGGUUGCUGUAUUAUCAUCUUUUUAUUCCUGCCUGGCCCAGCACGGAGGGAGGAGUCGGGGGCGGCAGCGUCCCCCCCGCAGGCAUCAGCCAGGAAGCACCGGACAUGAAUACGGCCCCCAGGCGGGGACGUCAGGCUGAGCAGCAAUUAUAUUAAAUCAGCUGAUAAAUAAUGCAACGUAUUUUGAUGGCAGCAGCGCUGUGAGCACCGCACAAACACCAUCACGGCUCCACAGUAUUAAAAAUACAAGGGAUGAAGCGCAAUCAGGUCAGCAUGACUUGAAUAAUGGAGCCUGAAACCUUUCCGAAAGGCUGGCCUUGGGGUGGGCUGGGGCACAGGUCCCACGGCGGUGAGACCAGGCCACGGACUCGUCCCUGUCAACAUUCGAAGUGUUCCCACCCAAGGCAGAAGACCCCUGUGUUGGCACAUCCUGGCAUGAGAGGAGCAGCAGACCCAGUCGCGGGGACUGAUGAGAAGAGCUCUGAGUAGCUUUACAGGUUGUGGAUAGCUGAUGAUCCACCCUAAAGGCCCCCAAACCCCUGGAGACCCUCUGAGGGGGUAGAAGACCCCAGGCAGGCAUGUGGAGCUGUGUGGAGGAGACCUGACCAGGUCACCAUGUGCUUUUAGGGGCAAGUGGCCGCUGAUGAGCUCCUGGGCCCACAAGGACCCAUACGAUGCCCAGAGGUGGGACCGAGCACCUCCAGGUGCCCCCUCCAUCCUAAUGAGGCAAGGAGCAUGGUGGUUCAUUGCCAAAUCCCUGUUUGCUCACUGGAAAAAUCCUGAAGUGUCCUGAGCAACAGGAAAGUGAAGGGGGGACAGAACAGACCCGUGGGCAGCUCUCCCCGUGGCCACCAGCUCCUGGGGCUAAUGCAUCCCAGCCAAAAAACCCCAAACCAUACAGCCUCACAGCACAGGCCAUCGGCAUUAUUCACCCUCCGGCCUGGGCUCCAUCUGCAACAUCAGCCAGCCCUUUGUUCAUCCCAGCUGGCACGGGGGGAGCCGUCUCCCCAUGCUCCCCAUCCGGCUCCUGCCAAAACGGGUCAAAUUCGAGAGCUGAUGCAGGCAGAGGGGGCGAAAAGAACCAUAACACGAGUGAGAUCGAGCGGCGCCGUGUGUGCUCCUGGCAGCCCAGACGUGCCAGCGGAGCAGCCCAGGGAGCCAAAACCCAACCAUGCACGGGCUGGGAAGCCUCCCCUACACAAACAUGAUGGUGGGGUGGUUUUGGGAUGCCCGCUGGGACCCCAGAGGGAGCACACGUCCCGUCAAGGCCCUGUAGAGCUGUGAGCGGGGCUGGGCCCGUCGCAGCCUCGCCAUGAGGGCCUCAGACACCUCCUGAGGGCAGCCACGGCCCCGAUAGAGAGAAAUUUCUUGGAGGUUUUGUCAGACAAGAGGGAAGAGCAGGAAGUGUCACGAGUUUACUACCAAGCAGCCAGCGAUGGGGCCUGGUCAACUUGGGGGUGACGGACGGGCUUUGUGCAGCUCCUGGGGCACCCAGGCACAGCUUCAGGGCUCCCCACACCGCUCAGAGGCACCCCUCUGGCAGGUACCAUCGCUGUGCCACAACAUCAAAAACCAAAUGCUGAGAGUAUCUCCCAUUGCUUUGGUCCUCAGGAGAUUCAGACCAACGUGUUGGUGUCCCCACAAGAUGACCCUUGCCCAAGACAGGCUGCAGCGGGAGGGUUUGGAAGCAGAGUGCACCUCUGGGCUCCAUCCAUGCAAAGCAGCCCCUGGGGAAACUUAGCCUUCCCCAAAAGCCAUAAAUCUUGGAGCUACAGAGCCGGUAACACCAUCCUGGCCUAGGGAAGAGCGCUGGCAUGGCAGCAGCCCCACCACGCAGCCAGCCAGCUCCAGAGCACAGGGAUGCACCCUGAGCCUGCCCUGCCCUGGGGAUGAGGGCACCCACCCCAGGGCCACCCAGAAUGACCAGAAAUUCCCCAAAACUGCUGUGGACGCCCUGCCUGGCCUCAGGUCCCUGUGGCUGUGUGGUGGGACAAUCCUCUUGGCCACGGAGACCGAUCCAGCUGCAGGAUCUGGCCCCACUCCUGUGUUCCCCAAUGUGCCAGCUGUCACAAGUGUGUCAUGAGCCUGUCUGUGUCUGCUUGCAGAGGUGUUCAUGGCACCAACGUCCCCGUGAAGCCAAGGAACAGCUCUGGCCGAGGCAGCUGAGCCACAGGGAUGGGUUUUAGCAGCCCCGAAAGGGAGGAUGCUGCAGCAGGAGGGAUGCUGGUAAAGCAGCAGCACAGCGGGGGCUCCCGGGAGCUGCAGCAGGAAUAUCCUGUGCUGUGCUGGGUUUGUUCCCCUCUGCUGGGACUGCAUGCCAUCUAGGAAGGAGCACUGAUUGCUCGGGAUCUGCAAUGAGCUCCAAGGCUUGGGCAAUGCUGCUUUUUCACGCCCGAGUCAGCCUGUCCUACAAACCCAGCUGCCCAGCGAGAAGAGCUGCUCGUAGGGAGCGUUACGGGAGCCACCGAGCAAACUUUCCUUCUAAUAGCUGUCAGGAGAGCAAGUGAGGGCAGGGCGAUCAACCUGCUAAACCCAGACUGCGGCUCAGCCCCAGGAGCUCAUCCGACACGCUCCUGCUCCGCAGCCCGCCGGGUACCACGGUGCCUGCUCCUGUCCCCAGCACGUGGGGAGAACAUGCCCAGAUUGGCAUCAGCGCCACCAUGAUGUGCUGCUGGUCCUCCACCACAGCAGAGAAGGGGAUUUCACGGUGCUGUGCCCAAAGGGACGAAAUCCCAAAGGCACCGCCACCACCUGCAAACCCGCAGCUCACCACGAGCUCAGGGAAGGGCCAGGAGGGCGCACGCUGCUGCCAGGUCUGUGACCCCGAGCAAUGCUCUCAAGCUCCAGCACAAGGACGAGCCCAGCCACUUCUUCAUGAGCUUGGUGAAGCCAGAGGUCUCCUUCCACCCGGCGGAGAAGCCAACGCACCUGGAUGAGUGUCCCUGAGCUGCUCUCAUUUAAAUGCAAACUUCUCUGGUUUCCCGUCCCUGCAUCUCAGCCAGCUUUUUGGGCUACACAGGAGCAUCACCACUGCUGGAGACCAGCGCCGAUACCCACCGACCACAACCCAGGAGCACCCUGACCUUCUCCAAUUAGACUGAGCUACAAAGAUGACAAGAGGCAACAGGGGAAGAAAAGUACUGUGUGAAAAGCAAGUGGAAGAUGAGAUAAGGUGAAAACUGUUUGGUACGAUGAGCUGGUCUGGGUACAGCUGCUGCCCAGGAAUUGUCAAGGAUGGUACCAGCUGCAAGCAAAUGGCAAGGUGGGAAGUUUUUAAGGUUUGGUGCAAUGCCAUUUCAGAGACUUCUUUAUUUUUUUCCCCCACUGAGUGUGUGAAAACUUGGUUUUGCCUACGUGAAAUGGAGGAGAUGCGUUAUGCCAGACUUCAGCCUCCUCGUGGCUCACACGAGGACGCACAUGCACGAAGAAGCGGCCGGGAGCGGGUCAGGGCCAAGAACAACUCCCACCAGCCACAGCCCCAAACCCCUGCAGACCCCACGGGGCUGCUUCCCACAUCCUGCCCGUGGGCUCUGCCCGCCCAGCCCUGAAGUUUUGGAGCCAACCUCACCUCUCCACCGAGCCAAGUCCCUGUCCUCCCACCAGCCACAGCAGCUGGAGCCCAUCCUUCUCCCCAGACCUGCCUCUAAGUGGGGCGAGAGCCAACUUGCUCGUGCCAAGUGCGUGCAGCAAACCUCGCUCAUCCAGCCCGGAGACGCAGCCUGUGCAUCCCCCCACCCCCCCCCCCGCAGCCAUCCCGCCAUCCCCAGCAGAAGCAGAGCCCCCGCUUUCCCUUCUCCCGAUCCGUUUGGGAUGCGGGGCUGCUCCUGCACCGUGAAGGACCUGUUCUGGGGGUGUUUCAACCACACACGUUGCACACAGAAACAAAAAAAAUGCACGUGGAAGGUGUGACCCCCCCCCACUGGAAGUGGCCAGGCAGUCAGCCUGGGCAAGGACAAGCCAAAAGUGCCCUUCCCGGCACAGCACCAUGUGCUGCACCCCACACCCAGGCCUGGACCCCAUCGUGGGAUGCGGCAUCCCCCCCCGCCUUUCCUCACCUCCUUGCUCCCAGCACCCGCUGCGACCGCACGGAGUGGCUGAGCGAGAAGCCAGAGAGGGAGAAACAGCAAGGAAGGAGUCUGAAAAGCAAGAAAAAUUAAAAAUGCACCCUGGUCCCUUUGGUUGUUUCUCCCACUUUGGCAUGCUGUGAGCGCACACGGCCCCGGGCACAACUAAGGACCGGAACACCCGGAGAAGUCACGCUGAGCACCGACACAACUCGUGCCAAAAAUGAUGCUUUUCCCAGGGCGAUCCCCUCAUCCCCGACCCAAAAGAGGUUAUGGGUUGGCAGGAGGGCCCCACCACACCAGCAGACGACACGGCAUGAGCGGGACAAUCCCAAUCCCCCUGGAGCCGGUGCGGGACCAGGCGGCACGGCCGCCCCGCAGCCCCCGGGCAGCGUUUUUGGGGGCUGCAGGGCUCGGCGCUGGCUCGCCAGCCCCAAUUGCUAUGGAAACUGCAUGCGCCGGCGCUGCUUCCCUCCUCCCAUGACUCACGGGUUUUCAAAAGGAGAAGUGGUGCCUCGGCCGCCGCUGUUUUGAGGCCAAAACAGCCAAAGCCGAGCGGGCGCGCUCGCGGGGCUGGGUGGAGAGGCACCGCCUCGCCGCGCAAGGCUGGCGUUUUCGUCCUGUGUGCUACGCUCACGGCUGCUCCCGUGCUGAGUGGUGAAAAAGCUGUGUGUCUUGGGGAUUAAAAAUAAUAAGAAUAAUAAUUAUAAUAGGGCUUCUCUGGUGGCACACGCCCCGCCACCUGCCGGGAAUCACAUUGCGUGCCCCGCUGCCGCCACCUGCCCCCGAUGUGGCUGAGCGCUGCGCGCGCCCAGUGCCAUCCUCUGGGGCCGUGUGGGUGCUUGGAGAAAAGGCAGCACAUCCCAGGGCGCCCCCAGUGACAUCCCAGAGCAUCCCCAGUGCUGUCCCAGAGCAUCCCAGCGCCAUCCCAGAGCAUCCUCCGGUGCGUGCGCUGCUGGAGCGAGGCCGGCGGCUCCCGGGGCUGUGGGGAGAGGAAGGGCACGUGCAGGGAGCGCAGCUUGGGGCAGGGGACCUGUGGGUCCCCCACGUUGGGGUCACUGUGCUGGGUGCGAGGCCGACUCCGGUCAUCAUCCAGAUGGUGCUGAGACCGCCACGCUCGUGUCACAGGUGGCAGCAUGCCCCUGGCAAGCGAAGGCGGGGCUGAAAAAGCUGAAAAAAGCACCAAGAAUGGUGCCAAGGGAGCAGCCCGGCCCCCCUACCCCAUGGCACGGGGUGAGAAAAGCCCCCGAGCACCUCCGAGCACCCUCCCGGAGAAAGAAAGGCUUGGCCCCGGGGCUUUCCUGGCAAUAAUUAAUUGAGUCAUAUUUCAAUCCAGCCAGCGGCCAUAUGGCAGAAAAGAGGAUUAAAAUCGCAGGCUCCAGCUGCAUUCAGGGAAAUCCAGUUAUAAGGCAAAAGCCUCCAUGCCUGGCCCCAGCCGGGUGCCAGGGCGUGUGCCCCGACCCCGGCCCUUCCCUCCCGUGCCCGGAGCGAUGGGGAAGGAAGGAGGGAGCGAACCCGCAGCACCCUGCCCCGCACGGCACGGGCACGGCAGCGGGAGGUAGCGCUGCCCUGCGUGCCCACGUCGCUGCCCCCCGGGGCAGCACGCCCCGACUUUAUCAGCGACUCGUUAGCAAGAAGGAGGGAGAGCCCAGAUUCAAGUUUUUGCCUAAAUAUAAAUCCGUUUUCCCACGAGGCAGCAAGAAAACCAAAGUUUGGGGCUGUGUUCCCCUCCCGCUGGCACAGGGGACCCCUGGAGCGGCUCUCCCCAAGGGGUCCCCCCCCCCCCCCCAGCCCACCCCCGGGGGGGGGAGUUCUGCCACGGUUACUUGUCCCGCCGCCCUGCACAAGCCGUGCUGCUGCCUGCCGUACGGCCGCAGCUGGGAAAAAGCAGGAUUUCGAUUGAAAUCCCCAGCCGGAGGGCCGCCGGCACAGGGAUGGCAAGCCUGGAUGGUGCACCCCAAAAUUUUCCCCUCCGAGCCAGGCCGGGGGCAGCUCCGUCCCCAAGCCAGAGGUUCCGGCAGGGAUUUGGGGCAGGGAAAGCCCUUUGUAGGGGAGGGGGGAAAAAAGAAAAAAAGAAAAAAAGGAGAGAACACUGCUCCUCAUUCAUCCUCGGCAAAAGCCUUUCGUGUGACGGCAAAUCAGUCGAUUAACCGAGGGUCGGCCCCUGUAAAUCGGAGCUUUGUUGGGGAGGCUGAGCGCCGUGUGCCAGGCACCUUCCCCGCAGCCCCCAGUCCCCCCAGUCCUCCCAGUGUCACCAGGCGGGUGCCAUCGCCGCCGGGGGCCCUGGGGUGGGUGACACUGGGUCCCCAUGGGGUGACGGCGGGGUGAUGGGGCGCCGCCGCCCUGCCCGGGGGUGGCACCCGGGGGGGUUUGGGUGGGCUCAUCUCCUUUUCUUUUUUGGGGUGUAGAGGGUUGGGGGGGAGCCCUUUGGGGCCCGCCGCAAGCAGCCGGCCAGGGGCGGGGCUCCCACGGGGGGGCUGCCCAGCCCCAGAGCUCCCAGUGCGCCCAGUGCUCCCAGUGCCGGCGCUCCCAGCGCCCGCAAGCCCCGGCGGCUCCGCUCCCAGUGCCUCCCAGUGCCUCCCAGUGCCUCCCAGUGUC